GCUGCGGGGCGCGGGGCGGCGGAGCUGGGGAGCGGCCCCGCCGCGGAGCCCCGAGCCGGGGAUGGCGGACGGGCCCCGGGGCGGGGGGAGCCCGAGCUCCGGCUCCGGCAGCAGCCGCGAGAACUCGGCGGAGCGGAGCCCGGUGCCCGCCGCGCCCCGCGCCAGCAUCAUGAAGGACGGCUCUCGCCAGAGGCCAGUUCAGAAGAAGAAGACCGUGUCCUUCAGCACCAUGCCCCAUGACCGGAAGAUCAACAGCACGGCGGCCUGCAUCUCCUUCAUGCUGCAGGGCUGCGAGAUGAAGAAAGUUCGCUCCAACUCCCGCAUGUACAGCCGCUUCUUCCUGCUGGCCCCGGACAUGCGCUGCCUGAGGUGGGAGCCCUCCAAGAAGGACUCGGAGAAGGCCAAGAUUGAGAUCGAGCUGGUCAAGGAGGUGCGGGUGGGGAAGAAAACGCCCGUGCUGCGCAGCAACGGCCUCUCCGACCAGUUCCCGGACGAGUGCGCCUUCUCCAUCAUCCACGGCGACAACUAUGAAUCCCUGGACCUGGUGGCCAGCUCGGCCGACGUGGUGAACGCCUGGGUGAUGGGGCUGAGGUACCUGGUGUCCUACGGGAAGCACACGCCGGAGGCGCCCGAGGCCGGCCAUCCCAGCCUCCGGACCUCCUGGAUCUCCUCGGUCUUUGAGGUGGCGGACCUGGAGAAAGUGGGCCGGAUCCCCGUGGCCCGGGCCGUGCAGCUCAUCAAGGCUCUGAACCCGGGCAUGAAGGCCUCCACCAUCGAACUGAAGUUCAAGGAGCUGCAGAAGGCCGGCGAGCGGCCAGGGAGCGACGUGGCCUGCGACCUGUUUGUGGAGGCCUAUUGCGACCUCUGCACCAGGCCCGAGAUCUUUUUCCUCCUGGUCCAGUUCUCCAGCAACAAGGAGUCGCUGGGGCUGAAGGACCUACUGACGUUCCUGGAGGUGGAGCAGGGCAUGGAGGGGGUGACCGAAGAGACGUGCCUGGAGAUCAUUGGCAAAUACGAGCCCUCCAGCGAGGGCCGGGAGAAGGGCUACCUGGCCAUCGACGGCUUCACCCGCUACCUGCUCUCCCCUGACUGCUCCAUCUUUGACCCGCAGCACCGCCGGGUGUGCCAGGACAUGACGCAGCCCCUGUCCCACUACUACAUCAGCUCGGCCCACAGCGCCUGCCUGCGGGAGGACAGCUCCUGGGGCAGCGCGGGCCUGGGCGGCUACGUCACGGCCCUGCACAUGGGCUGCCGCAGCCUGGAGCUGGUGGUGUGGGACGGCCCGGACGGUGAGCCCCUGGUCUCCGGGGGCCGCUCGGCCACCUCCCGCGUGGCCUGUCGCAGCGUGGUGGGUGUGAUCGACCGGUACGCCUUCGAGGCCUCCGAAUACCCCCUCAUCCUGUGCUUGGCCGUGCGCUGCUCGCCCGCCCAGCAGCGGCUGAUGGCGCAGUGCCUGAGGAAAACCCUGGGCGCCAAGUUGUACCUGGACCCCCCCGCCCCCGAGGAGGCCUACCUGCCCUCCCCGGAGACACUCAAGGGCAGGGUCCUCAUCAAGGGCAGGAAGCUGCCGCCCAGCUGCCACGAGAGCGAGGGGGAGGUGACGGACGAGGAGGAGGGCCCGGGCGAGGCCGACGGGCGGCGCAGGUUUCGGCUGAGUAGGGAGCUGUCGGAGCUCGUGAGCCUGUGCCAGGCGGUGCCCUUCCGGGACUUUGAGGCCUCGCGGCGCGGGCAGCGCUACUGGGAGCUCUGCUCCUUCAGCGAGGUGGAGGCCGGGCGCUUCGCCAGCGAGUGCCCCACCGAGCUGGUGAGCUACAACAAGCGGUUCCUGUCGCGGGUCUACCCCAGCCCCCUGCGCAUCGACGCCAGCAACAUGAACCCGCAGGACUUCUGGAAGUGCGGCUGCCAGAUGGUGGCCAUGAACUUCCAGACGCCGGGGCUCAUGAUGGACCUGAACGCGGGCUGGUUCCACCAGAACGGGGCCUGCGGGUACGUGCUGCGCCCCGCCGUCAUGCGGGAGGAGGUCUCCUACUUCAGCGCCAACGCCAAGGACUCGCUGCCCGGCGUGCCGGCCCAGCUGCUGCACCUCCGGGUGAUCAGCGGGCAGAAUCUGCCCAAGCCCCGGGGCUCGGGCGCCAAGGGCGACGUGGUGGAGCCCUACGUCUGCGCCGAGAUCCACGGCAUCCCGGCCGACUGCGCCGAGCGGCGCACCAAGACGGCACUGCAGAGCGGGGACAACCCAGUCUUCGAGGAGAGCCUGGAGUUCCAGGUGAACCUGCCCGAGCUGGCCCUGCUGCGCCUGGUCGUGCUGGACGACGACUACAUCGGCGACGAGUUCAUCGCCCAGUACACCAUCCCCUUCGAGUGCCUGCAGAGCGGCUACCGUCACGUGCCCCUGCAGUCCCUGGCCGGAGACCUGCUACCCCACGCCACCCUCUUCCUGCACGUGGCCAUCGCCGACCGGCCCGGCGGGGGCAAGGGGCAGCGGCGGGGGCGCACCGGGCGCCGGGGCCGGCGGCUGCGGGAAUACGCCUCCGCCAAGACCACCGGCAUCAAGGCCAUCGACGAGGUGUUCCGCACGGCUGGCCAGCCGCUGCGCGAGGCCACCGACCUGCGGGAGAACAUGCAGAACGCCCUGGUCUCCUUCAAGGAGCUGUGCGGCUUGGCGCCGGCGGCCACCAUGAAGCAAUGCAUCCUGACGGUGGCCGCGUGGCUGCUGCGCAGCGAGAGCGCCCCCAGCGUGACGCUGAACCUGGGCCAGCAGUACCCCCCCAUGGAGGCCCAGGGGCCCGUCCCGGAGCUGCUCCGCAAAGUGCUCACCGCCUACGAGACCACGAUCCAGACCAGCCGGACCCUGAUCGAAUCGGCCGACGCUGUGCACAGCAAGCUGAUGCAAGCCCAGCAGGCGGGGAUGGAUUUCCACAAGGAGCUGCGCCGGCUCGAGGCCGAGGAGGGGCUGACGGGCAGGAAGCUGCAGAAGGCCCUGGAGAGCUUCGCCUGGAACAUCACAGUGCUGAAGGGCCAGGCAGAUCUCCUGAAGCAGGCCAAGGCGGAGGCUCUGGACAAUCUCUGGCAGAUCCACAACGCGGGGCAGUCGUGUGGCAUCGGCAGGAACGGCUCUGCCUCCCCCGAGCUCGGCCGGGCCCGGACCCCCCUGGAGCCCAUCUCAGAGACAGAAGGAGGCAGCGACACCGGGUCCUGCUGACCGCAAGGCAGGGCGUGGGGGCCAGGACUGAGCCCGCGACCCCUCCAUCGCCCGGGGCCCCCAGCGCUCCUGCCACGGACCCAGGAUUGUACGGGCACCGGC